AUGAUGAUGUUCUAUCAAUUUGUUGGUUUCAUCUGGGUGUCGGAGUUCUUAAUGGCUUGCCAGCGGCUGUUUAUUGCUGGAGCUGUGAGCAUGUACUACUUUGAUGUGCUGUCACCAUCUCGUAGAUUUGCAGCGCCCACACCCAGAUCGCCAGUGAUGUGCUCAUUGUGGAGUCUCGUUCGUUACCAUUUAGGAUCAGCAGCACUGGGAUCGUUCAUAAUAACACUAGUGAGAGUACCCCGAUAUAUUGUAAUUUGGACUCUGGCCAGAAUGCGGUCUGUUGAAAAUGUCGUGGUAAAGAAACUCCUUGUCAUCUUUGUGGCUAUGCUAGGAUGCAUAGAGAAGUGUUUACGAUACAUAAACUACAAUGUCUACACUGUAAUCUCCUACUCAGGCCUUAGUUUCUGUCCCGCGGCAAAAAUGGCAGUAAAUCAUCUAUUGGAUAACGCAAUCGAUGUGGCGACGGUAAAUACUGUGGGAGAUUUGGUGCUGUUCCUAACCAAGUGUCUGGUAGCUGGUGCAACAACGUUAUGUGCAUUUUUCCGUAUGGAAGAGUUGUGGCCAACGCUAUCGCAUCCGUGGUUUCCGUUGUUGAUCAUGUUUCUGUGCUCAUACCAAAUUGCAAAUUGUUUUCUGUCCGUGUACGAAAUGACUGUGGACACGAUAAUGUUGUGCUGUGCCGAAGAACUGCUUUUACUUAGAGAUAAUCCGGAAGCUGUGCAACAAUUUAGGGUAAGUUGA